ACUCUUCACCUCAUUCUUCCUCAGGCAGAUCCACCUGCAUUUGCCAAAAUGCCGCAACUUCUUAAGAGCAUACUCACUGUGAGCAAGGUAUUCCAGGAAUAUGCAGAACAUCAUGGGGUGGGCACGUCACUGAGCAAGAAGGAGUUGAAGCAGCUUCUCCUCACUGAGUUUGGAGACAUCCUCCGGAGGCCAAAUGACCCAGAGACCGUGGAAACAAUUCUGGAACACUUGGACCGAGACAGAGAUGGAUACGUUAACUUUCAUGAAUACCUCUUGUUGGUGUUUCAGCUGGCCCAAGCCUGCCAUCACAAGCUAGAUAAGUUGCAUGGGUCUGAAACCUCCUCCAAGAAAAAAACACGGAGCCAUAAUUUUUCAGAAAACACAGGUAGACAACAUGGAGAAAGGCAGAGCUCUCUCCAUGGUCAGUCUCAGGGACAAAGUCAGGAUGUCCAAUAUGGUCAGUCUCAGAGGCAAGAUGUGGACUCUCACCAUGGCAACUCUGAGAGCCACAAAGCAGACUCUCACUAUGGUCAGUCAGAGAGACACGAUGGGGAUUCCCACCAUGGUCAUUCUGAGAGAGAAGACACAGAUUAUAGCUCAGAUCAGUCUGAGACAGAUGAUCAGUUCUCUAGCUCUAGUCAAAGACUGGGUUAUAAAUCUAGCAGUGGCCAGCCCCAAAGUCAAGCAUUUCUCUUUGCCUUAAAUCAGUCUGAAAUCCCUGCUCAGUUUCUUCAUGGUGGACAGUCUAAAACAUUUAAAAGACAAAGCAGCCAUAGCCAGUCUGGAAGACUCCGACAAGAUUCUUCUUCUAGUCAAACCAGUCAACAAGAAGCCAAUUCUUAUGAGCAAUAUGGAAGGCAGCAUCAGAAAUCGGGCCACAGUCACACAGACAGACAAGGCCAGAAUUUUCAGUUUGGCCAGACAAACAAAAAAGGACAUAGUGACCACCAGAGUCAGACAGACAGGCAAGGACAGAGUGCCCACUAUGGCCAGAAAGGCAGACAAGGACAGAGUUCUCACCAGGGUCAGACAGACAGACAAGGACAGAGUGCCCACUAUGGCCAGAAAGGCAGACAAGGACAGAGUUCUCACCAGGGUCAGACAGACAAACAAGGACAGAGUGCCCACUAUGGCCAGAAAGGCAGACAAGGCCAGAGUUCUCACCAGGGUCAGACUGGCAGACAAGGACAGAAUUCACACCAGGGUCAGAUAGAUAGACAAGGACAGAGCUCUCACCAGGGUCAGACAGACAGACAAGGACAGAGUUCACAGUGGCAUGAGACAGACACACAAGACCAAAGUUUUCAUUAUGGUCAGACAGGCAGACAAGGACAGAGUUCCCACCAGGGUCAGACAGAUAGACAAGGACAGAGCUCUCACCAGGGUCAGACAGACAGACAAGGACAGAGUUCACAGUGGCAUGAGACAGACACACAAGACCAAAGUUUUCAUUAUGGUCAGACAGGCAGACAAGGACAGAGUUCCCACCAGGGUCAGACAGAUAGACAAGGACAGAGUUCUCACCAGGGUCAGAAAAACAGACAAGGACAGAGUUCCCACCAGGAUCAGACAGACAGACAAGGACAGAGUUCACAGUGGCAUGAGACAGACACACAAGACCAAAGUUUUCAUUAUGGUCAGACAGGCAGACAAGGACAGAGUUCCCACCAGGGUCAGACAGAUAGACAAGGACAGAGCUCUCACCAGGGUCAGACAGACAGACAAGGACAGAGUUCACAGUGGCAUGAGACAGACACACAAGACCAAAGUUUUCAUUAUGGUCAGACAGGCAGACAAGGACAGAGUUCCCACCAGGGUCAGACAGAUAGACAAGGACAGAGUUCUCACCAGGGUCAGCAAAACAGACAAGGACAGAGCUCCCACCAGGGUCAGACAGACAGACAAGGACAGAGUUCACAGUGGCAUGAGACAGACACACAAGACCAAAGUUUUCAUUAUGGUCAGACAGGCAGACAAGGACAGAGUUCCCACCAGGGUCAGACAGAUAGACAAGGACAGAGCUCUCACCAGGGUCAGACAGACAGACAAGGACAGAGUUCACAGUGGCAUGAGACAGACACACAAGACCAAAGUUUUCAUUAUGGUCAGACAGGCAGACAAGGACAGAGUUCCCACCAGGGUCAGCAAAACAGACAAGGACAGAGCUCCCACCAGGGUCAGACAGACAGACAAGGACAGAGUUCACAGUGGCAUGAGACAGACACACAAGACCAAAGUUUUCAUUAUGGUCAGACAGGCAGACAAGGACAGAGCUCUCACCAGGGUCUGACAGACAGAAAAGGACAGAGCUCCCACCAGAGUCUGACAGACAGACAAGGACAGAGCUCCCACCAGGGUCAGACAGGCAGACAAGGACAGAGUUCUCACCAGGGUCAGACAGAUAGACAAGGACAGAGUUCUCACCAGGGUCAGACAAACCGACAAGGACAGAGUUCACAGUGGCAUGAGACAGACACACAAGGCCAAAGUUUUCAUUAUGGUCAGACAGACAGACAAGGACAGAGUUCACAGUGGCAUCAGACAGACAGACAAGGACAGAGUUCUCACCAGGGUCAGACAGGAAGACAAGGACAGAAUUCUUACUGUGGUCAGUCAGAGAUUGGGAAAACUGAAAUUCAAGGGCAAAAUAGGUACUUCCAGGGGACUGGUAGCACAAGAAGAGACUCACAUGUUGAACAAUCUGGAAGGCCAGGAAACCUAAGUCAACAGACUUCAAGCGCAGACAUGAAUCAAACCCAGAGACAGAGAUUCCAGGAUAGAAGGGAGCAGCAAACCCACCACCAGGCAUGGAGGCCUCAAGAGGAUAAUCAACACAAACUCUUAGCUCAGAUAUAUCAAGAAGAGCCACACUCCCAUAAAGAAUGGGACCAACAAUCACAGUGCAGUGAGCAGGACCACUGGGUAGAGGAAGAUCACGACCAAAGCUGGGACAGACACAGUCUUGAGGACCAAGAAAGUCUAUAUGAGAUGCAGAGCAGGCAAACCCACGAAGAGGAACAAACCCAUCAGGCAAAUGAUGGGCAAACUUAUGUGGAUGAGCAGAACCAUCAAAGACAACACGGGCAAACUCAUGAGGAAAACCAUGGUCAUCAACAUGGUAGACAAACCCAUGAAGAAGAGCAAGAGCACCAUAAACAGCGCAAGCAUCAAAAUCAGCGGCAGUGGGAAAGACAAACGCAUGAUGAAAAUGAGAGACAUCAAGAAGCCCAAGAACAUUCCAAAAGCUUCCCCCCAAAAAACCGAUGUCACAUGAAUGAAGAUGCACAGCGCCAAGGAUCCCAGGAAAGUCAUUUCCAUCUAACCCACAGUGAUAGAAGGUCCCAAAGAAGAGAACAAUCUGGAAACCACCCUACCAAAAUAGCUCAUGUCUCUAACCCCUUCUAUGAGUAUGCACAAGAGCAGGCAGCCUAUCAGUACUAGGCUGUGUGAGCACCAGAGCUAAGGAAGCCUGGAGCUAACGAAGAAACCUACACGUCAAGUCAUCUUUACUUCUGUUUAAAAAGUGAAAUUUAUA